UAACAGAAGCGUAACAGCGAAAUGAAAAGUAAUUUGAGUGAUUGUUUGUAACCAAUAUACUAAAAUUUUCUCUGGUUUCUAUUUGACUGAAGCCAUUUUAAUUUGAUUAUAGAAAACAUUUUGUAAAAAAAAACAUUCCACCAAAAUGAUGCAAUUUAUGCUGUUGUUUAGUCGGCAAGGGAAGUUGCGUUUGCAGAAAUGGUAUGUUGCACAUCCAGAUAAACUCAAGAAGAAAAUAACGAGAGAACUUGUCACAACAAUUUUAUCAAGAAAACCGAAAAUGUGUUCGUUUCUGGAAUGGAAAGACUUAAAAGUAGUUUACAAGAGGUAUGCAAGUUUAUAUUUUUGCUGUGCUGUAGAACAGUGCGACAAUGAGUUAUUAACUUUGGAAAUCAUUCAUCGCUAUGUGGAGUUACUGGAUAAAUACUUUGGAAGUGUUUGUGAACUAGAUAUUAUAUUCAAUUUCGAAAAGGCUUAUUUUAUUCUUGAUGAAUUGUUGCUUGGUGGUGAAGUUCAGGAAACAAGUAAAAAGAAUGUUUUGAAAGCUAUAGCAGCUCAGGAUUUGCUCCAAGAGGAGGAGACACCCCAAGGAUUUUUUGAAGAUCAUGGUCUGGGUUAAGUUUACAAAGCAUGUGGUCUUAUCAACCAGUUGAAACAGUUUACUUAGCAAGAAAACCAUAAAGGAGUGACAAGAUUAGAAAAAAAUAUUGUAAGAAACACUGUUAUGUGUUCUCUAGGUAUGUCAUGCAACACUGUCUGCUUACAAAUAACUUAUUGAUUUCAAAUUUCUAUAUUUAUCUACUGUCAAAAAAUGCUGACUUGAACCUGUUAAAUAUCUUUGCAGAGACCAUAUAAAGUGUUAAGGAAAUAUUAUUGUAAAAAUUUGUUAAAACAUAUUUUAAUAAAAUUUGUUAAAUGA